CAUUCUUCAAUUUUCCACUCAAUAGUUAAUAUUUCAUCUUUUUUUUUUUGGGAAUGGAAAUAGUAAAGUUAAUAGGUACUCCUUUUAGUUUUUUCACAUAUAGAGUUAUUUGGGCAUUAAAGCUAAAGGGAAUAAAUUAUGAGUAUAUAGAUGAAGACAUGUCCAAGAAAAGUUCUUUGCUUGUAAAAUACAAUCCAAUUCACAAGAAAGUUCCAGUUCUAAUCCAUGGUGACAAGAUAAUUUGUGAGUCUAUGGUCAUCGUUGAAUACAUCAACGAGACGUGGAAACUGAAUCCAUUACUUUCAACUGAUUCAUAUGAACGAGCCACAUCUCGAUUUUGGGCUAAAUAUAUCGAAGAAAAGUCGCAUAGUUCAUGGAAUGUAUUUUGUUACACUGGAGAAAAGCAACAAAAUGCUAUAAAGGAGAGCCUUGAAAUGUUCAAAACCAUAGAGGAAAAUGCUUUGGGAGAAAACAAUAUAUUAUUUGGUGGUGAAAAUAUUGGAUUUGUUGACAUAGCUUUUGGAGGUUAUUCUCUUUGGAUGGAAAUUAUUGAAGAAAUUGUUGGGAUUAAGUUACUUAAUCCUCACAAUUUUCCUCGUAUUAACAAUUGGAUAAAAAAAUUCAAAGAAGUUCAAACAAUCAAAGAUAAUUUACCUAAUCGUGAUGAGAUGUUUGUGUACAUGAAAAAUGCUAGGGGGAGGAUGUUAGCAUCUCCUUAACGAGGCAGGCUCGAGCUUUGAGUAUAGAAUCGUCUCUCUUAGUCAGAAAACGCUUUAUAUUUCUAUGUGAGACUUUCCGGUGAAUCACGUUAAUAAAUUUAUGGGUUCAUGUUGCUUAGACCAUGUAUUUCAAUAAAUGUAUACGAAUCUUUACCUUGGAAUCAAGUCGAUUUGUUCAGUGA